GACACGGUCGAUGAAACGCUUUGCUAUAAAUUUUAAGUUAACUAGAGAUAUACUAUAGUAAAGUUUCAUGUAUCGUAUUAGUUAGUUUUGUAGGGUUCACUAUCAUCACGUAUCAUCAUAUAUGCUGACUCGGGAUACAUCGAUACGUUAACAGACCGUUAUUUAGACCGGUAUUUGGAUUCGUUCACUUUAUGAAGUUUAACAUCUACAGCCAGCAAGCAGAUCACUGAAGUAUAACCGCUGUAAUAUUUAACUUGCAUGUCAAGCUCUGAUUAGACUUCGCAACUUAAACUGGGUCAUUCUAGAUCAGUGUUUAAACGUAAUCGUUUAAUUAGCAAAUUAAUUGGACUUAUACAAAAGGAAGCGACUAUUCUGUCAAAAGGUUGGAAGGGUAAUCUGUUAGGAUAUAUAUUUUGAAAAUGCCGUUUUAAAGAAUAUGGCUGUAAUAAUCAAAGAAAGUUAAAUAGUAGAAGUGAUGAAAUUUAAAGGCAUGGUCUAACACCGUCCAGGAAUCAAGAACAUGGGAGAAAUCAACUUCAAAGUUAACCUCACAUAUGGUGGGGGCCAUAUGCAAGAUGAAGAAGGUGCCAACCAAAGCGCCUUCUUUGUUCAGUUUGUGUUUUGGGGCAUCAUUCUCCCACUAGUCGUUGCCAUCGGUCUGGUAGGAAAUGUGCUGACUAUUAUUGUCUUGUGGCGACGUGAGAUGCAGUCACCGACCAUCUUUUACCUACGAGGACUCGUAAUAACGGAUACCGGGAUAUUAAUAAUGUCGGUAAUUGUACUUACACCUUACAGCAUGAGUAAUUACCUCACUACAGCACCGCCACUUAUUUAUUAUAAACAAAUGGUUUAUCCCGUCUUACAUACUCCCAUGAACUUCAUCAUCAUGGCGCUUCAGACUUCUAACGUGUGGAUUACCGUGGCCGUCAGCGUGGAGCGAUACAUCGCCAUUUGCCAUCCGUUUCGAGCCGCACGAAUUUGUACAAAACAAAAAGCAUUGAUUGUGAUUAUUGUGAUCGGCGUGAUUUCUGUGGGCUAUAAUAUUCCUCGAUUGUUCGCCACCCACGUUCGCGAUUGUAAAGAAGAGGAAAAAGAACACGGACAAGAGUGCUUCGCCUUGGCAGACACUGCAUUCGGAACAACUUAUUAUUAUAAAACAGUGUACAGUAAUAUUAUGUACUGUAUUAUUAUUUAUGUGAUACCUCUGGCGGUUCUCUUUGUGCUAAAUGUGUUUAUUUUAAAGGAAUUAAUGCGCAUGCAGAAACGGCGUUCUGGCUCCAAUAUUCACGAGGAGAAUGAAGCCAAUCUGAGUUUAGUUUUAGUACUUAUUGUUGUUGUGUUCAUAUUUUGCCAAACGCCCGGAUUAGUUGCACAAUUCGAUAUUUUUACCCUGCCAACGUUUCUCAAGUGGUUAGCAGUCAGCAAUACACUAUUUGUUUUGAAUUCGGCUGUCAAUUUCCUUAUUUACACAGCUUUUGGUAGAAGAUUCCGACAAGUUUUACUGCGUGUGUUCCGUAAAAUUGUAAAAUCUACUCGCUCGUUAAGUCUUUCUCCAACUCGUGCGAUCACCAUCAAUGGUUACGAACUUACAGCAAUAAAUGACAUGAACGAUACACCAUCAACGAUUGAGACAUAUUGUCCUGAAAAAGUAUGAUUCCUAUUUCUACAAAAUGAUAACCGGAACGGAUUAAGCGAAUAUUGAAGUUGAAACUAUAAAACUGUCUUGAACAUGUCUUUCUAUUUUUCUUCUUUUUUGUGUUUGUGCAUUCUUUUUUAUGUGUUGUUUUAAUGUAUUAAAUUGAACACUCCAAUCUAAGUGUGAUAAUUUGAAUCAAUCACACAGUUACGUUUUUGUGCUUAUCGUUAAAUCAUUAAUGUUGCGUAACUGUCCACCAUGUUACAAAAAUGUGAUAAUUUUCCCGUAUUCGUGAGAUUUUGCAAAUAUAAAAGCUCGGCUUUAAUUAUUGUACAGUCUACUCAUAAUGGAAUUUCUAGUCGAAUUCUGCUUUUUCAGGGGAGACGAAAUCUGUUGAUAUGAUAUUUAUGUAUACCGGUUCAUGUCACAUGUAAGAAACUUCAUUGUAACAUUAAAGAUGCAUUAUGUAAGAUCUAGAUAAGGAGCUAGCCGAUUUUACUAUAAUCGAUCAAAAAUAGAUGAUGAAAAGUGAAUAUAUUGAAAAUCAAAUUACUUUUUUCGGAGCGAAGUUAUGGAUGUUUGAAGUUUUAACAAGAUAUGGCAGAAAUAGUCUCGAGUGUCAAGUAGCAUUGCUACGGAAUAAACAAAGUUUCGAUUAUCCAUAUAUGGCACAGAUGUUCUGAUCCAUUCAAUAUAUCUUUCAUUUGAUGGUCUAGAGAGUUGAUUAUGGGCUUUUCAUGUGGAUAAAUGUCUAAAUGAUAAUUUAUAUAACAUUUGAAGUCAGAAUAAAUACCCUGCAUUAGAAAGAUUUAACUCCUACAUAAUGCAUCUUUAAGUAUAUAUAUCUUAUAAAUUAUGUGAACGCAUGCAUUUAUUUCUAGUUUAAGAAAGAGACUUGCAUGUCACUGUGUACAGGUUACAUUGGUGUAUAACCGACACCCAACCAAAUAUAACAUGUAAUUCAUCUUA